AGAUGAGGGGAAGCAAAGCAAUGCGGAGUCAGAAGACCGGCAUUCACUCAAGAUCCCGAUUACAUGCAGAUUCCACCAUCUUCUCCCACCGCAAAAAUUCCAUCCCAGUUGUCAAUAUCUUAAACUAAGUCAAUAUAAUGUGGCCCAUAGUUACAUAGACAUGUUAUGAUGUGGCACGACAGCAUCCCAAGUAUACAAGUGAUGAUCAUGUAAUCAUUUAUGUAACAGGGUGUGCCCCCACCCCCAACCGAGCUUAGCAAUCAAUCCACCUGGACCCCUCCUGUCAUUUCCCAGCAUCUACUAGAUAUUCUACUUCUUCUUUUCCUCUACUAUCUCCCACUCCUCCUUACUCACCUGAAUCCCGCCUUAAAGCGAACAAAGUCACUCAUCUUCUACAAAGAACCCAACUUCUCCACCAAACAACCAAAAUGGAAGACACUCCCCUUCCCCCCGCAAGCACCGACCCCCGCGACCUCGCGGCCCUCGAAUCCAACCCCUCCGUAAUCUUCCCCGCCUUCACCUCCAGCACCGCGUGGACCCUCGGUCUGGCCCUGCGCGAGCGCAUUCUAUCUCUCCCACCCACACAACGCAAACCGGCCCUAGUUUCCAUCGCUUUGACCGGGGGCUCCGAACCACACGUUAUUUUCCAAUGCGCGACGGAGCCCGGCACGGUGGCGGACAACGAGGUGUGGGUGCGGCGGAAGCGGAACACGGUGUUGCGGUGGGGCAUGUCGAGCUGGUUGAUGAGGCAGAAGAUGUUGAGUUCGACGGGGGCGGAAGCGAGUGAGGUGGAGGCGGCGUUUGUGAGGAAGUUUGCGUUGACGAGUACUGGGGGUGGAGGGGCGGCGGAUGAGUUUGCGAUUCAUGGGGGUGCGUUCCCGAUUCGGGUGAGGGGGGUGGAUGGGAUUGUGGGGGUGGUGGUGGUGAGUGGGUUGAAGCAGGAGGAUGAUCAUCAGGUGGUUGUUGAGGGGAUCAGGGAGGUUAUUUCGAAGAUGUGAGGGGAGGAUUUAGUGUAUUAUAUAGGAUUGUAUUAGAGUGGAUUGGUUAUAUUGUGUGGUGGUUGGGUUGUCUGUCCUUUUUGUGUAUAGUCUAUGAUCUACAGGAGAUAGAAUUCAU